UUCUGGAAAUGGAAAUUAAUUAGGUGUUCAGAAUAUAUUUCCUUAACAGGAAAUUGUCUAAGGUUCAAGUAAAGCGAGAGUCGGCAGAGGCCUUCUCAGUUUGGAAACACUACUCAUUGAGAUCAUGUCUAGAAUGAUAGAGCCACUUGCAGCAGGGAGAGUUGUGGGAGAAGUGGUGGAUAUUUUCAGUCCUAGUGUGAAGAUGAAGGUUACAUAUAACAGUAAUAAGCUGGUUUGCAAUGGUCAUGAGCUUAUGCCUAGUGUCAUUACGUGGAGACCUCGCGUUGAGAUCGGUGGUCAGGACUUGAGGGAAGCUUAUACACUUAUAAUGACAGACCCGGAUGCUCCGAGCCCCAGCGAUCCAUAUUUGAAGGAACAUAUCCACUGGAUUGUGACUGAUAUUCCGGGUACAACAGACGUUUCCUUCGGAAGAGAAGUACUGAGCUACGAGACGCCAAAGCCGGUGAUAGGGAUCCACCGCUACGUUUUUGUUCUGUUUAAGCAGAGAGGAAGGCAUGCAGUGAACGGAGCACCGUCAUCGCGAGACAAUUUCAGCACCAGAUGCUUCUCUGAGGAGUAUGGUUUGGGUCUCCCCGUGGCUGCUGUCUACUUCAAUGCUCAAAGAGAAACUGCUGCAAGAAGAAGAUCCUGAUGAGUACUACUGUGUAACAUUUGUUCUAAAGUACCAUACAUAUGCUUGGCAGUACCAUGAUUCAUGUAUAUGUACGUGAUUGUUGUGUGUGAGAUGUUUUUAGGGUUUUGCAUGUGUAACUCUUUUAUUAAUAACUCCAUUUUCUUCAAGGCUUUAGUCAUCAUUCUUGUAUUGGAGAUACCUUGUACUAGCUUAAUCAAUUAGGUGCACAAUUCUACUAAA